AUGGCUUUCAUCCGCAUGGUCCUACGGCAGCAGUCGCAGUUGAAGCAACUGGGCAGUUUGUUUGCUCGAAGAUUUCUCUAUCCCCAAAAUUUCCAGAGAAGUAGAGUGCACACAUUCGAUGCUGUCCGAAGAAGGUUUUUCUCAAGUUACUCCAGUCGUCUGUCCCGCGGCAGUGCUAAGUUAAGUGAUGCUUCGUACCUGAAAGAGCUUUAUCGUCGCGAAGGAUCUGAGGCAGUCAUUAGGACGUUUGAGAGCCAACCUUCUUUCAAACCUGCUUCGCAAUCGAACCCAUCAGCACUUACAGAGUAUGUUAAGGCACUGAUUAGGGCUGAUAAGCUGGAUACAAGUAUUUCAAGUUCUCCAAACCCGCAUUUGCAAGAAGAUGCAGUUGGAGUUUUUUCAGCUUUUAGGAAUGUGGGGAAAUCCACGAAGGAUGGUGUCCUUGGUACUGCUACUGCCCCUAUACAUAUGAUGGCGGUUAGGACAGGAUUUUUUAAAGAACAGUUAUGGGGAACUGUCCGUGCUUUUGGUGUAGCGUUUAUUAUCUUCUCAGGUGCUAAAGCACUCAUCAAAGAAGCUCAAGGUGAAGAAAUCGCUAAGCGCUUUACUCGAUUGGGUGGCAAGCUCCCGAAAGGAGUUCUCCUUGCUGGACCCCCUGGAACUGGAAAGACCAUGCUGGCAAGAGCCAUAGCUGGAGAAGCUGGGUUGCCAUUCUUCUGUUGUAGUGGCAGUGAGUUUGAGGAAGUGUAUGUCGGUGUGGGAGCUCGGAGAGUAAGAGAUCUCUUUUCUGCUGCCAAGAAGCACUCCCCCUGUAUAAUAUUUAUUGAUGAGAUUGAUGCCGUAGGAGGAAGCCGGAAGUCAAAGGACGAUCAAAACAUGCGAGCAACACUGAACCAGUUGCUUAUCGAACUGGAUGGCUUCAAGCAGAAUGACGGAGUUAUUAUGAUUGCCGCGACCAAUUUCUCAGAGUCCCUGGAUAAGGCUCUGAUGAGACCUGGGCGGUUUGAUCGUCAUGUUGUGUCCCAAAUCCUGAUGUUGAAGGACGGAGACAAAUCUUGGAAUCACACAUGUCAAAGUAAAGCUCAUGAUGUUGAUAUGACGAUCAUUGCGCGAGGAUCUCCCGGGUUCUCAGGUGCUGAUCUUGCAAACUUGGUCAAUGUGGCGGCGGUGAAGGCAGCAAUGGAUGGUGCCAAAGCGGUUACAUUGGCGGAUCUUGAGUAUGCCAAGGACAAAAUCAUAAUGGGAAGUGAGCGCAAAUCAGCUGUCAUAUCAGAUGAGUCAAGAAGACUCACAGCUUUUCACGAGGGUGGCAAUGCUCUUGUAGCUAUUCAUACUGAUGGUGCUCUCCCAGUUGACAAAGCAACCAUUGUUCCUCGUGGGAUGGCCCUCGGUAUGGUUUCCCAACUGCCCGAAAAGGAUGAAACAAGUAUAUCUCGAAAGCGGAUGCUUGCCCGCCUUAAUGUCUGCAUGGGCGGGCGAGUCGCAGAGGAGCUCAUCUUUGGAGAGGAUGAAGUAACCUCAGGUGCAUCUUCUGAUCUGCAACAAGCAACUAGUCUUGCGAGAGCUAUGGUGACGAAGUAUGGUAUGAGCAAAAACGUUGGACUAGUUACUCACGACUACGAUGACAACGGGAAGGGCCUGAGCCCUGACACUGGGCUCCUAAUUGAGGAAGAAGUAAGGCAAUUAUUGGAAACUGCUUAUAAUAAUGCAAAAACCAUUCUUACCACACACAACAAAGAGCUCCAUACACUGGCUAAUGCAUUACUUGAGCAUGAGACGCUGUGUAGAAGUCAGAUAAAUAACCUGCUAGCCCAGUCAAAUUCUAAUCAGAAGCAACGGCAACGCCUGCAAACAGUUGCGGCUUCAGCAGCAGCAGCAUCUGCAGCAGCCAAGACUAAAGUUGCACCUGUCGGAGCGUGGACAUAA